CAGCCAUUGAAUACUCUGAAUUUAAGCCCUGAGCCCUGACGAACUCAGUGGUUACACAUCGAUCGAAGCGUUUAUUCACGGUCAGACUACAGACUUUUGCGAUCUAAUACUCUGUUCGUGCGAGUGCCACUUAAAUUAGACUAACUCAUAAUGGGUGUUCCCGCCGGCGAUCCAGAGAAAGGAAAGAAGCUUUUCGUACAAAGGUGUGCUCAAUGCCAUACAAUCGAAGCUGGUGGUAAACACAAAGUAGGACCAAAUCUACAUGGAAUAAUGGGUAGGAAAACUGGGCAGGCCCCGGGUUAUAGUUACACGGAUGCCAACAAAGCAAAAGGCAUUACUUGGAGCAAGGAUACAUUAUUUGAAUACCUGGAAAAUCCAAAGAAGUAUAUCCCUGGUACAAAGAUGGUGUUUGCCGGAUUGAAGAAACCGCAAGAACGAGGUGAUCUAAUCGCGUACAUCGAACAAGCUUCGAAGUAAACUUGACACCCGUCGGAGAUGACAAAGCACGCUAGACGUGUCCAGUGGGUGUCGCAGAGGAAUCUAGUACUAUUAUCAUCUCAAACCUCGUGGACAUCUCGCUACGUCUCACUCGACUCAUUCAUUUAUGCUCCCCUAUCUGGUACUCAAGUGUUUGCAAAGUCUGAAUAGUGACAAAUUAUUGUUAUUGAUUGUAAGUAGGUAUAUCAUGUAAUUACAUGCAUUGACAAGAGUCCGACUAGAACUGGCUAGAACUGGCUCUGGCCCUCUAUCGUUCAAGAUAUUCUGGUGCUUGCUUGUGAUGGCUGAGCCAUACAUAGAUCAUGCACCAUAUUUAUUUGCGAUUAAAUACUGUUUGAAUCUUUAGACAGAUUGUUAAUUUGUAAUGCAACAACCUAAAAAUACAGACUCAACAGUAAGUUUACAA